CGGAUAUCGAUGCUCACUGAAGAUGAAAUCAAUCCAAUGGAAAACGUAACAGCGAGCGAAUUGGCCGGCUUCGCUGUGGGGGCUCUGCUCGUUUGUGCCACCAUUUCUGCCCCUCGAAUAGAUGCCUUCAUCUCUUCGUCUCAGCGCAGAUCGUUGGGCAUGUGCAAGAGAUGUGGUGACCUGAGGAUGAUAGCAUGUUCAAGAUGUAAAGGAGUUGGAUCAACCAAAUCAGGUGGAGUAUUUGCUGAGCUUUACGAAUCAUUUGGCAAAGACGAACCUAAUGCGCCCUCUAUCCCGUGCACGAGGUGCAAUGCUAAAGGUCGCUUCCCAUGUCCAGAUUGCUGCUCUCAAAUGCCAUGAACUUCACUCUCAUAUAAUGCUCCCAUUAUGUCACAAUUUCACUCAUCAUUUUCUCUCCUCUGCUUUCUUUUCCCCUUCUUUUUACUAGUUUUGAUGCAUCAAUGGUAAUCAAGAUUUCUACUUUAAAACACAUUUGUGAAAAACACUUCCCUUUCAUGCUUUUGUAAAGGUUAGCAUGAUACAAGAAUGGUAUUAUUUGGGAAAUUUUAUUUCGUUUCCUUUUCGACGAAA